ACGGAAGGGGAAGCGGAGGGAGGACCGGCACCAGCAGUCAGUCCAGCAGCACCAACCAAAACCGGAGGGAGACAACAGACAAGGCGCAGGCAGAAAAAAUAUCGCCUCCGCCCCCUCCGAGUCCCCCGAUAUCGCGCGCGCGCCCGGGCUCUUCUUCUUCCCCAUGUGAGUUUGCCCCUCCCUCUCCCCUCCCCUCCCUCGUCGGUCGUCGCCUCCGCUGCACCAACCGCAGCACCCCCGGGCCGUCCCUCGCCUUCGGCUGGGCGGAGAUGGUGGCCGCUCGCCGGAGCACCGCCGCCGUCCUGCUGCUCCUGCUCCUGCUCCCGCUGCUCGCCGCCUCCUCGUCGAACCGUGGCCAGGAGCAGGACAGAUCGGCGCUUCUCCGGCUCAGGGACGCCGUCCCCUCCUCCGAGCUGCUCCGCCGGUGGCCGUCGGGCGCGGACCACUGCUCCUGGCCGGGGGUCGCCUGCGAUGCGAGGUCCCGGGUCGUCGCCCUCCACGUGCCCUCCAGCUUCCCGCGCGGGAGCGGGAUCGCCGGCCAGCUGCCCACGUCGGUCGGGCUCCUCACCGAGCUCAAGCAGCUCUCCUUGCCCUCCUUGGGCCUUUUCGGCGAGAUCCCCGCGGAGAUCUGGCGGCUGGAGAAGCUCGAGGGGGUCAACCUCGCCGGGAACUCGCUCCGGGGCGCCCUCCCGCCCGCCUUCCCGCCGCGGCUGAGGGUGCUCAACCUCUCCUCCAACGCGCUCAGCGGCGAGAUCCCUGCCUCCCUCUGCAGCUGCACGGAGUUGAACUUCUUGGAUCUUUCCGGCAACCGGCUCAACGGGUCCGUGCCGGCGGUCGUCGGCGGCCUCCCCAGGCUGAGGCAGCUCGACCUGUCCCGGAACCUUCUUGCCGGGAGCAUCCCCUCUGCUCUGGGGAGCUGCACACAGCUCCGCUCGUUGCGCCUCUUCUCCAAUAUGUUGGACGGUUCCAUCCCACCAGAGCUUGGACGGCUGAGCAAGCUGCGGGUUUUGGACGUAUCGGGUAACAGAUUGAGCGGUCUGGUACCCAGGGAGCUAGGGAACUGCUCAGGUUUGUCGGUUCUCGUGUUGUCGAGCCAGUUUGAUGCAGUGAAACCCCAUGAGUUCAAUCUCUUUGAGGGAGAGCUUCCGGAGAGCGUGACAGCUUUGCCAAAGCUUAGGUUGUUAUGGGCGCCGAAGGCGGGCCUGAAAGGAAAUCUCCCAAGCAAUUGGGGAAGCUGCCAUAGUUUGGAGAUGGUUAAUCUCGGAGGUAAUUUACUUGCUGGAGUGAUUCCGAGGGAGCUAGGGCAGUGUAGAAACCUCAAGUUUCUCAACCUCAGUUCCAAUAGAUUGUCCGGUUCGCUUGAUAAAAAUCUUCAUCUGCAUUGUAUGGAUGUGUUUGAUGUCAGUGGCAAUGAACUGUCAGGCUCAAUUCCAGCGUUUGCGAACAAAGAAUGUGCAUCACAGCAACCGUUGGAUGGCGUGACAUCUGGCUAUUCUUCACCCUUCAUGUCCCAAGCUGUAGCACAACUAUCAUUGGGUUACUGUGAAUCAGGAGAGUGUUCGGUUGUAUACCAUAAUUUUGCAAAGAACAAGUUUGGAGGCCGUCUUACAUCCUUGCCAGUUAGUGCAGACAGAUAUGGAAACAGGACCUUGCAUGCAUUAACUCUUGAUCACAAUAACUUCACAGGAUCAUUGGAUGCAAUUCUGUUGGAACAGUGCAGCAACUUAAAUGGUUUGAUCGUCAGCUUCCGAGACAACAAGAUAUCUGGUGAGCUCACAGAAGAAAUCUGCUCAAAAUGCCAUGCCAUCAGAGUUUUGGUUCUAGCCGAGAAUCAAAUUUCAGGAGUGUUGCCUGCUAACAUUGGUUUGUUGGGUGCUCUUGUAAAGAUGGACAUCAGCAAAAACUUUCUGGUUGGUCAAAUACCUGCCAGUUUCAAAGACCUCAAGAGCUUGAAAUUUCUCUCGUUAGCUGCAAACAAUAUCACUGGUCAGAUACCGUCCUCUUUGGGGCAGUUGGAAUCACUGGAGAUUUUAGAUCUCUCAUCCAAUUCUCUGUCUGGGAAUGUCCCUAGUAAUAUUGUGACACUGAGAGGUCUCACGACACUUCUGCUGAACAAUAAUGAGCUCUCUGGAAACAUUGCCGACCUUACCCCAGUAUCACUGUCUGUUUUUAACAUUUCAUUCAAUAACUUGGCUGGGCCGUUGCAUUCGAAUGUGCGAGCACUCAGUGAGAAUGAGGCUAGUCCAGAACCUGAGAAUACAUCCAGCGAUGGCGGAGGCUUCACCAAAAUAGAGAUUGCCUCAAUAACCUCAGCAUCAGCGAUUGUUGCAGUUCUCUUGGCCCUGAUCAUCCUUUACAUUUACACUCGUAAAUGUGCAUCAAGACCAUCAAGGCGUUCUAACAGGAGAAGGGAAGUUACUGUUUUUGUGGAUAUUGGUGCUCCUUUGACAUAUGAGACCGUUGUACGCGCUGCUGGCAGUUUUAAUGCAAGCAAUUGCAUUGGAAGUGGUGGCUUUGGAGCAACAUACAAAGCUGAGAUUGCACCAGGCAUUCUGGUGGCAAUAAAGCGGCUCGCUAUUGGAAGGUUCCAAGGUAUUCAGCAGUUCCAAGCAGAGGUGAAAACUCUUGGAAGGUGUCGGCAUGACAAUCUUGUAACACUCAUAGGGUACCACCUCAGUGAUUCAGAGAUGUUUCUAAUAUACAAUUUUCUGCCCGGCGGUAACUUGGAAAGGUUCAUACAGGAAAGGACAAAGAGACCAAUUGAUUGGAGAAUGCUUCACAAAAUUGCUCUAGAUGUUGCACGUGCACUUGCAUAUCUUCAUGAUAAUUGUGUCCCACGUAUUCUGCACCGGGAUGUGAAGCCAAGCAACAUCUUGCUCGACAAUGAGUACACUGCAUACCUUUCGGAUUUUGGAUUAGCAAGACUACUUGGGAAUUCAGAAACUCAUGCAACCACCGGUGUCGCGGGUACUUUUGGGUAUGUUGCUCCAGAGUAUGCGAUGACUUGCCGUGUUUCUGAUAAGGCUGAUGUGUACAGCUAUGGUGUUGUGCUGCUUGAACUUAUUUCAGACAAAAAAGCACUGGACCCUUCCUUUUCUCCGUAUGGAAAUGGAUUCAACAUAGUUGCCUGGGCUUGCAUGCUUUUGCAGAAGGGCCGAGCUCGUGAGUUCUUCAUAGAAGGGCUGUGGGAUGUGGCUCCGCAUGAUGACUUGGUUGAGAUUCUGCACCUCGGUAUCAAGUGUACUGUGGACUCUCUUUCUUCUAGGCCCACAAUGAAGCAAGUUGUUCGGCGACUAAAGGAACUCAGGCCGCCCUCUUACUAGAAUUUGCAACUCCAGUAUGACAUACAUCUCAAGACUGAGAGUAAGUAUUUAUAUCGCGUGCAACUGUAUUUAGGCUGUGAAUGCACAUAAAAGACAAGUUCUACAUAAAUCUUCUCAUUUGAAAGCAACCGCAGUAUCGGAGGGAUGAAUUUGUUGAUCCUGAUCAACCGAUGAUUUGCUGUUAAAGCUGUUGAGGAUUCUGUUUGACCCCAACUGCCAAGGAUACUCCUGACAAAUUAGUGGACACAGUAUCCAUGCCAUAUCCUCCGGUCAUGCGAUAAUUGACCAGUACCAAGUGCAAGAUUGCAUCAUUGCACGGCAUACCGGUGCCGCUGAAACGACCGUCGCUCGAAGGGACUCCCGUGGGGAGUUGUGCCGCGCCUAGCAUGACUCGGCGUGGCAUCAUCGACGCGAUGAAAACGACUGCGCGGCGUGGUUCAUCGGCCUUGCCGUAGUUCUGCCGCGAUCCACAAAAUACAGAGGAAAGCCUUGUCCUGCGGCCUCCUCCAUGAGUGAGGAGAUAGAAUGGCUGAUCCGAAGAGAAGGGAAACCUCGCCGUUCUUCGGGUGGUGGCCCGGAGCAGCGAUUAUCACAAAAAAUCCUUGAUUAGUUGACUUGGGCUUUGUAACAGUAUAUCGUUUCCUUGCUGCUUUCUAUUAAAAAAAAAAGCAGGGCCAUGUGGCCUUUUUAGAGUGUCAAAAAUGGUUUUACAUUUUGGGUCCAAGGGAGCAGUGCGUACCGUUUCGUGCACUAUGCAAAAAAAAGAAGACAAUUGAGUAAUUUUUUUGGGCA